AUGAUUCAAUCUGAAGCCUCUAACGGUAUUGUUUCGCCUCCAAUAACUCCAACAGCUACUUGUGAUUCAAAAUUCGAGUGUAAUGUGUGCAGAAAAGUGUUUAAAAGUAAAAGUGGAUUAACAAGGCAUCAUAAUAUUGUUAAAAAAUACAAUAUUUCGCGUUCAGAUCUUGAUAUUUUGCCUGAAAAUACAACACGACAGUUUAAAGGUAUUUUAGUUCAUUAUAUUCAUAAAAAACUGCCAAGUGGAUAUAAAAAAUUAGGCAAACAAACGGUUUCUAUACCUGCUACUGAAAGUCAAUUUUACGCGGUAUUUAAGGAUCAUAUACAUUAUUAUUCGGCUAGGAAAAAUAUUUACAAAUGUAUAUUUCAUGGAGUUUCAGCAAAUCAGAUAUUAGCUGAUAUUUUAGAAAUGCAAGAAUGGGGGUUAAAUUUUAUGAGCAAUGUCAACGUACUUAUUACCAAACAGUGUAAAUCAAGAUAUGAACGUGGGCAACUUGUGGUAGAAUGGAAACAACAAAAAAAUAGUGAUUUCAACGGUAAUCUUACUCAAGCAGGACACAUUUAUUUUCAUUUUUUUAAUAGUCAGGCUAUGAUUCAAUAA